CAAAGCGCGGCGCCGAGCGGGGGCCAUGUCGUCCGCAGGCGGCCGCCAGCCCAGCCAGAGCCGGGCCAUCCCCACCCGCACCGUCACCCUCAGCGACGCCGCGCAGCUCCCCGCCGACUACUGCACCACCCCCGGCGGGACGCUCUUCUCCACCACGCCGGGAGGCACCCGGAUCAUCUACGACCGCAAGUUCCUGCUGGACCGCCGCAACUCCCCCAUGGCCAAGACCCCGCCUUGUCACCUCCCCAAUAUUCCCGGCGUCACCAGCCCCGGCGAGGCCGGCGAGGAGCCCAAAGCGGACGCCAACAGCUUGAACCACCAGGAGAACAAGCCAUCCAUGGGGGACGAUGCUCAGUUCGAGAUGGAUAUCUGAGCGGGAACCACGGAGAGGCAGCGACUCCCCAGACCUGUGCACCCCCCAUUCGGCUUAGCAGGAUCCGUCCCGGCGAGGUGGAGGUGGCAGCGGUCCCCAGCAGCGUCCCCUCCCCGCCCUCCUCCUCCCCCUCUUUUCUGGGGAGAGUGCAGCUCUGUUUUCUCCCCCUUUGCGGGUGACCGGUCCCAACAUGUGCCAGACGGAGCAUCCCUUCUGGAUCCGGCCCUAUUCCUCCUCUUCCACCUGCCAGCAGCCUGAUCUCCACCAGGCUUCUUUUUAAAACACCCCUUUGCCUCCUCUGCUGCCUCGUGCCCCCUCAAAAUUCCUGUCUUAUUACCCAAACCUCCCAUUGCCAGCAGCUUGGUGUUUCUGGAGCUGUGUCAUCCCCUUUGCCCCCUUCUCCUGGAAAAUUUGGGCAGCCUGUCGGGAGGAGGGGGAAACAUCACUGCUAAAAUCAUGCACCUGCUUCCACCCUGGGGAGGGUAUUUUUCGAGUUUCCCUGGGAUGUGUUGGCAUUAAGUGAAGGACAACGUUAAGAGCCCGUUCCCUUCGGUGCUCCAGGGGUCCGAUGUAGUCCCUGAUGGAAUCAGCCAGCGUGUCCACAUCUCUCCUACCCGGAUUUCUUCCAUCUUGGCCCUCCAGCCAGGGGCUGUGUCCCCCACCCACCAGCCAGGACUCACAGCAAUGUAGCCAUAUAUUAUAAAAAUUCCCUUGCCUUUAUUUUUGGUACUAAAAAGGGGUACUUUACCCCAAACGACUUUUUCUGGGCUGGGGCCGAGCGCCUCUGGGAAAGUGCUUUGUAGUGCUCGGGUUUUUUUACCCUCCCGGCCCUUUAAAAUGUGAAUCCUACAGGGGGGAGAUCCCUCUGGCACCGUUGGAUGUCUCAGGAAUCACUGGGUGUCCCUGGGGGCUCUGGGGGGCUCACCAGACACCGCAGGGAUGGGGUGCUCUCCUCACAGGGUGCUGCCAUCGAUGCGAUCCUCUGCUCAGUUUCCAGGAUGGGAUUUCUCCCAGCCGGAUCACGCUGCCGUGGAUAAAGCAUUUCCAUGUUAACCUCCCCCUUUGCCAGCCUGGCAUGGUGUGGCCAUCUUGAACCUCCCCUGGAGAUGGGAUUUAUUUUCCCCCUCUUUCCGUGCAGCUCUUGCUCUGACGAGCAGCACAGGGCAAGGCCGCAGCAGUGUCAGGCUGCACCCCCCAAUCCCACCAGCCCCCCCAGUUGUGAUUUUUUUUUUUUUUUUUUUUUUUUUUUUACUGCCUGUUGGGAGCCAUCACCAGCUCCACAACCUUCUCAAGUGCCAUUUUAUCAGCCCCCACCUGAGUGCCUGCUCCACCCACCCUCCCUCCCUCGCUGGGGUCACCCCCCACCUCGGUACCCAGCCCUGGGGGACCCGUGCUGGGGGAGGGGGACAUCCCACAGGCUUUGUGCACUUUCCAUCCCGUAAUUUAUUUCUCUAGGUGUGUUUGGCACGGGGCGGCGCUGGUGGCGAGCUCCCAUCUUCCAGCUGCUUCUCUCACAGGGAGGGGGGGCUGCCCCCUCGUUUUGGGGGGUGGGGGAGGGAGAAGCAAAAGCACAACCCCAGGGAAUGGGGUUGUCUUUCCCAUCCUUUUCCUCGCGUGGGAGGUGAGGUGAGCGCGGUAGCCCGGCCGCCGUAGGCGCACGAGUGAGUGAGUGCGAGUAGCAAUAUGUAUAUGCGUGUGGGUGGGUGGUGAUAAGACACACACAAAUAUAUAUAUUAUAUAUAAAUAAAUAUAUUUUCCUUGAAGUAAAAGAUCCUAGGAGGUCGGUUAGGCCCUCGGAUCGAGGGAGAGGCAGGGGCAGGGACCGAGGACAUCCUUGGCAGGGCGGGGACAGGCACCGUGGAUGCAGGGACCUGGUGCCCUCAGGACAGCUGCUCGUUUAGGGAAACCUGCUCUGCUAGCCAAAAAUAAUUAGACCAUAUCCAAGGACAACGUGACUUAAUGGACAGGAGCCGGAGGGAAACCUUUUUGUUGUUGUUGUUGUUUAUUUUUUUUCCUCGAAAUGCCCCCUUUCCCAGCCUCCUCGUGUCUCUGUUCCCCAUCCCAGCAAUUUUCUCCCGGUUCUCUUGUAAGUGGGCUUGGGGCUGAGCAGGGAGGGAGUGCCUGGCCUCGCCGGGGCGUUCCUCUGCUAGUCAGGGGAUCCAUUCGGGAUUUCUGUUGUUUUUUACCGUCUCUUCAAGCAGGUGUUUGGGAGGAGAAAAGCUCUCGCCAGUGGUUGCUGUUACAGUGAGAUCAAUAAAGAUUUUGGUUCUUCUAAA